CAUAAUCAUGUUUUUGGGCAGUAUUUUCCAGAGUUGCAGAACACAGGACAGUAAAAACAAAGAAGCCAGUUUGGAUUAGGGCACAAAUAAUUGAGGAAACAGUGAACACUGAUCCAUGAAAGCGAGGUCUACCCCCCAUUAGAUGCUCGUACCGUCCGAUAAGAUCUUUUCAAACCCCCCCAAAGCAGGUUCCCUGGCUACCUACUAGACCUCUAGCCAUUGACAGACUUAGCCUGAACCAGCGAGAACAACAUUAUUCUCCCCUAGAAUUAAAUAUGCUUUCCUUUUCAUUCUCUCUUUCUUUAAUGUCUAAACAGAGCAGCCUGCAGAGAAAAGCACACAUGGCUCUUUCUUCUUCAGACCCAAUAACCUUCGCACGUCCACUUUGUUUGGUUUCGGGAAUUGGUAGCCGAAGAGAGAAAUUCUUGCGUCUGUGAACACUGGAAUGAAUCAACAGUUUCGUUCAUUGGGUGCGAGCUAACAGAGUUUGGCUUUUGCAGAGGAGAGCAGAGGAAGUCCAUUUUGUGGUGAUGGGAGAACACAAAUGACUAAUUGACGAUUCGGUCACCAGAAAGUAAGGGCUGGGAUUGAAGAAGGAGGUCGGGGAGAAGCAGAUAGAUAAAAGAGAAACACAUCACGAGAGUAUCUGACAUGUUUAGACGCUGAGGUAUCGUUCUUUUUGAGGACACGUCGCUCCAGAGAGUAAUGGGAGACAGACGGAGAUAGAGAUUUCACCAUACAAUGCUAUGGGCUGUUCCUUUUCUUUUCAUCUUUGGAGGCACAGCCUUUUACUGAGUUCCCCAUUGGACGGCUUCGUGUUUUCGGAGGGUUUCACUUUACUUCCCCUUUUCAUCCCAACCUUUUAAUUCCCUUUCUCUCGAGAAUCUAAACUCAUUCCAGCAAGGUUCCACUAUUUCUUCAGGACCCUGUACUCUCUAUCUGCUGCUGAGCAAAUGGGAAGAGCCGCCCGGUGGUUGAAGAGCUUGUUUGGGAUAAAGAAAGACAGAAACCAUGUUUCAGAGGGAGAACUUAGAGACUUAUGUCACAAUCCAACCACCAUACCACCAAACAUCUCGCCUGCAGAAGCUGCUUGGCUUCAGUCGUUCUACACAGAAACAGAUAAACAGCAGAACAAGCACGCCAUUGCGGUGGCCGCGGCCACCGCAGCCGCCGCUGAUGCCGCCGUAGCAGCCGCUCAGGCUGCAGUGGCCGUCGUUAGGCUUACCAGCCAUGGCAGAGGCACCAUGUUCGGCAGUGGUGGACACGAGAUAUGGGCUGCCGUUAAGAUUCAAACAGUAUUUAGGGGUUACUUGGCAAGAAAAGCACUGAGAGCUUUGAAAGGAUUGGUGAAAUUACAAGCACUCGUGAAAGGCUAUUUAGUGAGGAAGCAGGCCACGGCAACCUUGCAUAGUAUGCAAGCUCUUAUAAGAGCUCAAGCCACUGUGAGGUCUCAGAAAGCUCGCAGGCUCAUGAACAGAGACAAUGAAGCCUACAGAUAUGAAGCUCGAGCCCGAAGAUCCAUGGAGAGAUUUGACGACACUAGGAGUGAGUACACAGCACCCAUUCACAGCAGAAGGAUGUCUUCUUCUUUUGAUGCAACAAUAAAUAACUCUAACAGCUUCGACGGAAGCCCAAAAAUAUUGGAAGUGGACACUGGUAGGCCAAGAUCGAAGUCUCGGAGGACCAACACUUCAAUUUCAGAUUUUGGCGAUGACCAACAAUUCCAGGCACUUUCCUCUCCUCUUCCAGCCCCUUGUUGUCGUACCCCAGUACGCCUAUCGAUACCGAACUGUCGCCGGAAUCUGCAGGACACCGAUUGGGGGUUGACGGCGGAAGAAUGCAGGUCGUCUACGGCACAGAGCACACCUCGGUUCACCAAUUCUUGUGGGUCGUUUAGUUGCAAUGCGGCGGCGUGCGGGAGCGUUUGUGCCGGCGAUGGCUUUUACCGACAAUACGGGAAUUGCCCGAAUUACAUGGCGAAUACUCAGUCAUUCAGGGCGAAAUUGAGGUCCCACAGUGCUCCAAAGCAGAGGCCAGAGCCGAAGAGGAGGGUAUCGUUGAACGAAUUGAUGGAGUGUAGGAGUAGUUUGAGCGGGGUUCGAAUGCAGAGAUCUUGCUCGCAGGUUCAGGAAGCCAUUAGCUUCAAGAAUGCAGUGAUGGGUAAGCUCGAAAAGUCUGCAGAAUUUGGGAGGGAAAGGGAUAGCAAUUACUGGCAGAGGAGGUGAUGAUGGUGGCCCUAUCUUUGUUUUCACAUUGAAGGCAAUUUGCAGACAGGGAACAGAGCAUUGGAGGAUGAAGACAAAACGGGAGAAAGAUAUAGCAUCAAAGUGUAAAAUUUGACGAAUUUUCUUGUGUUGUGAAUGGGAUAAAGUGAAAUGGAGUGUCUGGUGUCGUGAAUGCUUCUUUCCUUAGUUUCAAUCAAACCCUCAAUUAUUUGUAGCUUAUGGAAAAAUUUAUUGGAAGAAGAUAUUUGCUAAGUGAAAAUACUAUGGGAAGAAGGGUCUGAAUGUUACAGAUAAAUGACUCAAACGCUUGAAAGAAUCCAUUUUGUUGUAUGGGGCGUAAA